CAUGCAAAGAUAAGGCAAAGUGUACUGUUGCACCACAAGCUUUCAAGGAGAACCUUCAGACAGCAAGCAAUAAAGGAAGACCUAUUGAAAGCCUGUCAAAACAACACAGAGGAGGUAGAUCUGUCACGAUGAGCACUGCAGGGAAAGUAAGUAGACUAGCACUUACAACAUGGCUUGUUGAACCCAGAGAUGCAUAAGAAAGAAAGAAAGAAAGAAAGAAAGGAAGAAAGGAAGAAAGAAAGAAAGCUGUACUUUGACCAGGUCAUCAAAUGCAAAGCAGCUAUUUGCCUAGAGGUUAAUAAACCAUUUAGCAUUGUUGAAAUAGAAGUGGCGCCACCAAAGGCACAGGAAGUUCGCAUUAAGAUUUUGGCUACAGGAAUCUGUCGCUCAGAUGAUCAUGCUGUCAAUGGCUCACUCUAUGCACCUUUCCCCAUUAUUCUUGGUCAUGAAGCAGCUGGGGUUGUGGAGAGUGUUGGGGAAGGAGUUACCAGCGUGAAACCAGGAGACAAAGUCAUCCCACUCUUUGUCCCCCAGUGUGGCGAAUGCAACACUUGCUUACAUCCGAGAGGCAACCUGUGUACCCGUCAUAACUUCGCAGAUGGUCGUGGAUUGAUGCCAGAUGGCACCAGUAGAUUCACAUACAAGGGGAAGGCGGUGCACCACUUUGCCUGUACCAGCACCUUCACUGAAUAUACUGUGGUGCAUGAGAGUGCCGUUGCCAAAAUCGAUGCUGCAGCUCCUCCAGAAAAAAUUUGCCUGAUUGGCUGUGGAUUUUCUACUGGUUACGGGUCUGCCGUUAAAACUGCACAGGUGGAGCCUGGUUCUACCUGUGCUGUUUUUGGUUUGGGCGGAGUCGGUCUUUCCGUAGUCAUGGGCUGCAAGGCUGCAGGAGCUUCCCGAAUCAUUGGAGUAGACAUCAACAAGGAUAAAUUUGCCAAAGCCAAAGAGCUGGGCGUCACUGAUUGCGUCAACCCAAAGGAUUUCGAUAAGCCCAUUCAGGACGUACUCAUUGAAAUGACCAAGGGUGGUGUUGACUAUUCCUUUGAAGUGAUUGGGCGCACUGAAACUAUGACGGCUGCCCUGGCUUCGUGCCACAUGAAUUAUGGAACCAGUGUGAUAGUGGGAUUGGCACCGUCAGCAUCCCAGAUCACCUUUCACCCAAUGCUUCUCUUCACUGGCCGGACUUGGAAAGGAGCUGUGUUUGGAAGCUGGAAGAGCAAAGAGGCUGUUCCUAAACUGGUUUCAGAUUUCAUGGCAAAAAAGUUCACUCUUGAUCCGUUAAUUACCCACACUUUACCUUUUGAUAAAAUAAAUGAAGGGUUUGAACUGCUCAGAACAGGAAAAAGCAUUCGCACUGUCCUACUAUUUUGAAGUCCAUGCUGAGUGAGGAAAAAUACACCAGAAAGACCUUUGGCAACUGAACUGCCUUGAUCAAUGGAUUGCAUUUUGUAUAACAGGGAAUCUGUGGAAAUGACUGGACUCUGCCGCAUGUUCCAAUUUCACAGCAAUAUUGCCUCAUUCACAUUUAGUUGAUGUAUAACAGAAGACAACUGUAAAUUCAAGGUGUUUCUUAUGAUUAAACAUUUCUGUAAUGAUGUAAAAAUGCAGAGAAGGAGCACAAAGAAAAGAAUCCAUUAAUUCCACCAUGGGGAAAAAAAAUAGGAAUAAUCAGCAUAAUGUUGAAAUGGUUCCAGCAAACAAUUUGGUACCUUUUUACGUUAUUGUUAGCAGUUUGUAAUAACGGUUGCAAAUUUGUAAUAAAGCUUUCUCUCUUAAAAUCUCA